GGACCCUAGCGGCUGUUCGGUCACAGUUUCUGACGGACGUUUUAUGGUGUGACACAACAUACCGGGAAGUGCCAUUUUCGUUUGUCAAACUGAACCAAUGCUACUAGCCAGCAGCUGACAAAAUGAGUUUGUUUUUGGCCAAAUUGUCAUGCAAAAGGGACAUAGACGAGGUAAUAAAAACGGUCGCCGAAAAGGUUUUAGUUCUUCGGUUUGGAAGAGAUGAAGACUCGGUCUGCCUGCAGCUUGACGAGAUUCUGUCCAAAACCUCCCACGACCUGAGUAACAUGGCGUCUAUCUACAUCGUGGAUGUGGACUCGGCUCCCGUCUACACGAGAUACUUCGACAUCAGCUACAUCCCGUCUACCGUCUUCUUCUUCAACGGACAACACAUGAAGGUUGAUUAUGGGUCUCCAGAUCACACCAAGUUCGUGGGCAGUUUUAAGAACAAGCAGGACUUCCUGGAUCUGAUUGAGGUGAUCUACAGAGGAGCUAUGAGAGGGAAGAUGAUCGUCAAGAGUCCCAUCGACCCUCGGAACAUCCCCAAGUACGACCUGCUCUACCAUGGGAUCUAACCCCAUCACGACCUGCUCAACCAUGGGAUCUAACCCCAUCACGACCUGCUCAACCAUGGGAUCUAACCCCAUCACGACCUGCUCAACCAUGGGAUCUAAUCCCAUCACGACCUGCUCAACCAUGGGAUCUAACCCCAUCACGACCUGCUCAACCAUGGGAUCUAUACCCAUCACGACUUGCUCAACCAUGGGAUCUAGAUUUCACCAUGAUUCGUCACCCUUCAGCACGGUUUGAGCCCUCAAGCAGCAUAUGUUGUCUGUGGGCCUUCAGCACGGUUUGAGCCCUCAAGCAGCAUAUGUUGUCUGGGGGGCCUUCAGCACGGUUUGAGCCCUCAAGCUGCUGACAAUUCAUUGGAAAAGAAAGCGUCUGACCAGCACAGAACGGAUUGGCCCAGCCUGGACAAUUGUGGUAUUGGCGUUAUCAAGAGACCCCACUGCAGCUGGCGCCAUCUCACUUCACCAUUCAUACCGAUGUCGUGUUUAGUGAAACUGUCCAUAACGUGAGGGUUCCUAGGGAAAUAGAUCUCUAUAAGAGACACAGGUACAUGUCAUAGUGGACAAUCCUUUAGUUCAUUCAAUGAAGACUCGUUGACAGCUGGACAUUUCUUGUUGCCUCUUGUUUAUAGUGGGAAUGCUGAAUCUAAUGUGUGUUUGGUGACAAGGUCUGACCCCUUGUUUAUAGUGGGAAUGCUGAAUCUAAUGUGUGUUUGGUGACAAGGUCUGACCCCUUGUUUAUAGUGGGAAUGCUGAAUCUAAUGUGUGUUUGGUGACAAGGUCUGACCCCUUGUUUAUAGUGGGAAUGCUGAAUCUAAUGUGUGUUUGGUGACAAGGUCUGACCCCUUGUGAAAUGUGUUAAUAAAUGUGUCACUUCAAA